CCCUUCCGUCCAAGUACAGUCAAACCCUGUUUCCUUUCUUUCCUCGAUAACGAACUGUUGGGAGAUCGAUUGGAAUCCUCCAGCGCGCAGGAAGAACGACCCAAAAGGAAAGCCUGUGUUUCGGCUCAUCUACACUGACUGGGAGCAAGACGGAC